AUGCUAAGCAUUGGGACCCACGACGUCCACCAACGGUGGAUCAACCGCUCAGUUGUGGAAUGGGCUCUCAACAGCACUAUCAACCGUGCUGAAGCGGACCUCUUAUGGGGUGGAGUGGGAGCAAAAGGCGACCAGGCAUUCAAUCCCCCAUCGCGACAAGUGGCUCAGGGAGAGACGCGACGAUGGCCAACUCUAGUCCUCGAAGUAGGAGUCUCAGAGUCCAUGGCCAAGCUGCGUUCCAAUGCCAAAUUCUGGCUUGACAAUUCCAAAUGGCCAAACCAAGUUCGUCAUUCUCGUCGGCGCUCAAAGGCCCGGGCGACGUUCGAAAAAUGGAUGCUGAUGCCGCCUAAUGCCCCGAACCCGGCACCCCCGCAUACGUCGCCGCACUUCGCUCACGACCCGUCCACACACCUCCUCUAGAAAAUCAGUCAGCUGCUAGCCAGCAGCUUUAAACGGCCCAAGAGGUCGUCGCUACCCCAACCGGGAUGACCAGCGCCCCCAUGAUUUUGCCCUUCCAAGCCCUGUAUGACAGGGCACCAGGACCGAAUGAGAGCGAUAUUACUAUUACCACCCAGGAGUUUAGGGCAUUCGUCCAGACCAUUUUCUGGGACCCUCUAUCAAGUGGCUGGCCCAUUCCAUUUCAACAAAGGCAGCCAGUCUCUUAAAGUAGUGCUUCCGGAGUCGGAGGCUAGAGAUAUAUGAUUGGCUGCAUAAUCUCCUCAUGUCCAAAUAUCACCAGC